AUGGAUCCUCAAAACCGCACCAUUGGAGAGUUUGACUCACUAGACAUCUUUUUCACAAACCGCCAACCUAUAUGCCCUUCACGACCUACUGGAGAGUUCAAGAUAAGCUCUAAACUCAUUGCUUUGGUGGAGCAGCAUCAGUUUCGUGGCCUAGAGGAAGAGCAGCCCAUUGAUCAUAUUGAGAAGUUUGAAGAAAUCUGCGCUACAAGGAGAUGUAGUGGAGUUUCUGAGGAUUACUUGAAGUGUACUUUAUUCUCUUUCUCUUUGGUUGAGAAGGCAUACAAAUGGAUGAGGGCUCUUCCAGCAGGAUCAAUCACUACUUGGGAUGAAUACAAGAGAGCUUUCUUGAAGAAUUUCUACCCAAAAGAGAGAUUAAAAUGGAUGAGAAGAAGAAUCUCAGAAUUUCGACAUGAGGCACAUGAAUCAUUCUUUGAGGCUGUUUCACGGUUCAAGGAGUACAAGAGAGAGUGCCCUCAUCAUGGUUUUACAGAGAUUGCUUUGCUAAACUUCUUCUAUCAAGGAGUUGAUGAGAAAUUCAAGAUGGCACUCAACAUUGCAAGUCAAGGGGACUUCAUGACUAAUACAGUUGCUCAAGCCAAUACUCUCAUUGAUAACUUGGCUGCAAGCAACAAAUAUUCUUGCUUGGACUAUGAGAAAAACGUGGAGCACAUCAAGCCAAGUUCAGACUUUUCAGAAAUCCUUGAGCUGAAAUCAAUGGUUGCUCAAUUUCUCAAGAACCAGCAAAGGGAUGCAUACCAAUGUGAGAACAUGGGAGCUUCUCAUGGUAAGGAUAAAGAGGAGUGUAAUGGUGAUAACUCUCAUAAGCAGCAAGGAGAAGUCAACUACAUUGAUGCUAGAGAGGAAAGACUUGAAGCUAUGAUGCAACAGCUAAUGGAAAAUCAACAACAUAUGAUGGAAAGACAAGAGCAAAACGCCCAAGAGAUUGAAAACCUUGAGUAUAAAAUGGCGAACGACUAUGGUCAUCUCAACAGAAAAGAUGAUGAGAUAUUUGCAAAGCUCUUUGAUCUAACCAAUCAUGUGAAGAUGCUUGAGGUGCAAGUUGCUCAAACUGCAGAAGGUAUGAAGAGGCAAGAGGGUUUUCUUCCAAGUAAGACUGAGUUAAAUCCAAGAGUUUGCAAAGUUAUCACAACUCAGAACAAGGACGUGGUCUCACCAGCCCCUAGAGAUCAUUCAACCCUCAAAAACCCAUUGGAAUGGCCUGAAGAUGAUGAGCCAAUCUACAAGGGACCUCAUCAAAGAAAGCUGCAUAAGAUGGAAGAUCCAGGGCAAUUUGUUUUCCCAUGCACAAUCAAUGGUAUGGAUUUUAUUGAUUCCCUCUGCGAUACAGGAGCUGUGAAUGUUAUGUCUAAGCUUAUAGCAGAUGAGCUUGGAAUAGUUGACAUUAAAGACUCUCAAACAUCACUGAAGUUUGGAAACGCCUCUACUAUUACCCCAUAUGGCUUUGCUCAAGAUAUAUUGGUACAAGUGGGAGGUUGUCUUGUUCCUACAGAUUUUCAUAUUCUAGAGAUGAAUGAGGAACCCCUAACGCCAUUGGUUUUUGGUAGUUCCUUCCUUGCAACAGUUGGAGCUAAUGUGGACUAUCCAAACCAAAGAGUUUCUUUCUCUAGAGUAAAGAAGAGAGUCUUUUAUCCAGCAGUCCCUACCAAGAGCUCUUAUUGUAUAACCAUUAGGAAUGGCAGCAGAUUGAGUUUAGACCAUGGAGAAGAGAAGGAGAAGCCUCAAAACGUUUCCAAGCAAGCUCUUUACAUAAGAUCUUAUGAAGUUAUCAAAUCAGUGAACUCUGAUCAUGAAAGUUGCUUAAGAGACAAGGUUUCGACUGUGAUGCCUAAAGAGUGUGAUGCAGAUAGUUCUAAGGAAGUUUUCCACCUUGAGAGACGUCCUAGAGCACCUCCAAAACCAGCACCAUCCGACACUCCUUGGUUUAGAUACAUUGCCAACUAUCUUGCUGCUGAUCAUCCACCACCCCAAUUCUUUGGCUACAAGAAGAAGAAAUUCUUACGUGAUGUUAGAAGGUACUUUUGGGACGAACCUUAUCUUUAUAAACAUUGUUCUGAUGGUAUGUUUAGAAGAUGUAUUCCAGAAGAAGAAGUCCCAGGAGUUCUCUUUGCUUGUCAUGGAUCUGACUAUGCAGGACAUUUUGCUACUAACAAGACUGUUGCUAAGAUCUUGCAAGCUGGUUUUUGGUGGCCCACCAUGUUUAAGGACGCCCAUGACUUCAUCUCUAAGUGUGAUGCUUGCCAGAGACAAGGAAACAUCAGCAAAAAGAAUGAGAUGCCACAAAACUUCAUCCAAGAAGUGGAAGUUUUUGAUGUUUGGGGAAUAGACUUCAUGGGUCAUUUUCCCUCUUCUUAUGGGAACAAGUACAUCCUUGUUGCUGUUGACUAUGUGUCUAAAUGGGUAGAAGCCAUAGCCAGCGCUACAAACAACUCCAAGGUUGUGAUAAAGUUAUUCAAGUCGAUCAUCUUUCCAAGAUUUGGUAUCCCAAGAGUUGUGAUUAGUGAUGGAGGAUCUCAUUUCAUCAACAAAGUCUUUGAAAGUCUACUGAAGAAAAAUGGAGUGAGACACAAGGUUGCUACUCCUUAUCACCCUCAGACAAGUGGGCAAGUAGAGAUUUCUAACAGAGAAAUCAAGAGGAUCUUAGAGAAGACAGUGGGAAUGACAAGAAAGGAUUGGUCAGUAAAGCUUGAUGAUGCUCUUUGGGCAUAUAGAACUGCAUUCAAAACCCCACUUGGAACAACUCCUUUUCACCUUGUCUAUGGAAAAUCUUGCCAUCUUCCUGUUGAGAUUGAGUAUAAGGCGGAAUGGGCAGUAAAGAAGCUGAACUACGACAUCAAGACAGCAAAGGAGAAGCGCUUGAUUUAG